UUGCCGCUGGCCCGUGUGCUUCACGAGCUCGGGGCCGGACGCAGCCGAGCGGGGCAGCCGAUCAGGCCGGGAGUGGGUGCCGAGCUGCUGGUCGACGUGGGUCAGUGGCUGUACCGCGGUGAGCGCCGUCCGGAACCCGGAACCACUCCCACACUCCCGGUCGCCCGCUGUGACCUAGAAGCUUCAGGUCCAUGGUGCUACUGGCUCUAGGGCCCAAAGCUUGGCCCAGGCUCUCUCAGUUCAAACCUCGAGUCCUUCUUGGGAUCCCAGGAAGUGAAACUCUGUAUGUAAAGUCCCGACACUUGUCAGGGCAGGGCCAGCCCCAAGGCCCUGGGCUAAGAACUAGGCUGCUGAUCACUGCCCUGUUUGGGGCUGGGCUGGGCUGGGCCUGGCUGGCAGCAAGAGCUGAGAAGGAGCAGUGGCGCCAACAGCAACGGACCGAAGCCCUGCGCCAGGCUGCUGUGGGUCAGGGUGACUUCAGCCUACUGGACCACAAAGGCCAGCCUCGAUGCAAAGCUGACUUCCGAGGCCAGUGGGUACUGAUGUACUUUGGCUUCACUCACUGCCCUGAUAUCUGCCCCGAUGAGCUGGAAAAGCUGGUUAAGGUGGUACAGAAGCUGGAGGCAGAGCCUGAUCUGCCUCCGGUGCAGCCCGUCUUCAUCUCUGUGGACCCAGAGCGGGAUGACGUAGCAGCCAUGGCCCGGUAUGUGCAGGACUUCCACCCAAGGCUGCUGGGUCUGACGGGUUCUAAAGAACAGGUGGCCCAGGCUAGUCACAACUACCGUGUGUACUACAGCGCUGGUCCCAAGGACGAGGACCAGGACUAUAUUGUGGACCAUUCCAUUGCCAUUUACUUGCUCAACCCAGAUGGUCUCUUCACAGACUACUAUGGGCGGAGCAGGUCAGCAGAGCAGAUUGUAGAGAGUGUACGUAAGCACAUAGCUGCCUUCCGUAGCAUCCUGCCCUGAACUAUGCUACCUAGGCCCUGCCAAUAAAUGAAUGUACUUAAUCUA